AUGGGAGAGGAUUGGUUCAAGAAUUGCCUCCCGGUGGCAUACUAUGAUCAGUUUAUUGGAGAAGGAAUAUACCCUGAUGGUCGAUCGAUCUCGUCAUUUGUCCCACUUUCUUUCAAGCUUGGUGCCUGGGGCGGAGUGGGAUCGUCGUUGAUUCGGCAUGGUGGUGUUGCUGUUUCAUGUUGCGUCCAGGCUUCUUUGGCCCUUUGUCAUGAUGGUCCGCUUCUUAAUUUUGAAGUUAAAGCAUGUUCAGCAGUCUCUCAGGGCGAGAUUAAUGACGUCGUCUCUUUGCUCAAUGAAGUGUUCAGAAACAAAGCAUUUGAUUUCCCAACAGUUUUACUAGUUAAAGGAACCGAGGAUACAAUACCUAUGACGUGGGAGUUAACACUGAACAUACAGAUUUUGAGUUCCGCUGGUCCUAUUGCAGACGUCGCCAUAUGUGCGGUUUCUGCUGCAUUGUUGAACGUCCGCUUACCGGCUAUCAAACUGGCUCAUAUUAAAGACAAUGAAUCUCCUAUUGAAGCAGGAGAAAUAACUGUGUUAGACGAGACGACACCGUUGGUUCUGAAGAAAUUCCCUGUUGCAGUCACCAUCUAUGUUUUUAAGAAUGGAAAACAAGAUGUGGUACUUGUCGAUCCUCCCGAAGAGGUGACUGAGUAUUGUCAAGCGAAGGUUUCGCUGGUCACAGUUGGUGAAUAUGUGCUUGCUAUGCAUACUCGAGGUAUGGUUACCAGUGAUCGCAUUCUGUCGUCUAUCGCCGCUUUAGCGGAACAGCGGCAUCGAGAUGUUGUCAGUGUGAUUCGGCAGGAAGAUGGCCCGUAG